AUGGAUUCUGUUGACAUUGAGGAUCAGACGAAGGCCGAUAUCUCGUCCAAGGAGAUUGAACAUGCUACUAUGCAUGAGACGCCCUCAUUCUCGUCGGCGGAGGAGAAGGCCCUCGUGCGAAAAAUUGAUAUGACACUGCUGCCGACAAUCUGGAUCAUGUACCUGCUAUCGUAUAUGGACCGCACAAAUAUUGGCAAUGCAAAGAUAUCCGGCAUGGACAAAGACUUGAAUCUGACCUCGGGUCAAUACUCCAUGGCCCUGGUGGUAUUUUUUGUGGGAUAUGUAGUAUUUGAGGUGCCCAGCAACCUGGUCCUAAGUCGCUCCAAACCAUCCUUGUUCUUGCCAGGAAUCAUGAUCCUCUGGGGCAUGCUCACAUGCUGCAUGGCCGCUAUUCAUAGCUUUGCGCAUCUCGUUAUCCUUCGAACCAUUAUCGGAUGCAUAGAAGCAGGCUUCGCACCUGGUGUGCUGCUUGUCUUGUCGUCGUGGUAUAAACGCACGGAACAGUCCAAGCGUUUUGGCGUGUAUAUUUCAGCAGCCAUCCUGUCGGGGGCCUUUGGAGGUCUCCUUGCCGCAGGUAUUGUGGAUGGCCUGGAGGGUGCACACGGAAUUCGUGGCUGGCGUUGGCUCUUUAUCGUUGAAGGGGCAGCAACAAUUGGAUUUGCGAUCAUUUCCUUAUUUAUUCUCCCUGACUUUCCAGCGACCUCAAAGCGCCUUUCGGAGCGUGAAAGAUACGUUGCUGUGACCCGACUGGCUAUAGGAAAUGUUACCGCCAUUACCGAAGACAGCGAAAAGCUUUCCAGCUGGCAGGCUGUCGUCAUGUCAGUCAAGGACUUCCGGACCUGGAUGUUUGUCGUGGGAUACAUGGUCAUCGUCGGCUCCAGUACCCUCACAUAUUUCUACCCAACCCUAGUCGCUGGACUCUUCAAUAAAUCCUCCACGGAGAAGGUCAACCUCCUGACCGUCCCCAUCUACGGCUUUGCCUUUGUCUGCACAGCGAUCACGGCCUAUUUCAGUGACAAGAUCCCAUCCUUUCGAGGAGUGGUAAUUGCGGCCUGGCUCGCGUUCUCCCUAGCAUGCUCAAUCGUAGUAUGUGCUGUCUAUGACUACACAGCCAGAUAUGUGUUGCUAGUACUCAUGGCAGCCGGAUUGUGGGCUACUAACGGUGGAACACUGGCUUACGCAUCAUCUGCCUUUGCUGGAAUGCACCCCCAGGCCCGAGGCGUUAGCCUGGCUUUGGUCAAUGCGCUUGGAAAUUUGGCCCAGAUCUAUGGCUCGUACUUAUUCCCGGACGUAGAUAGCCCCAAGUAUAUCAUGGGCUUCUCUGUCAUAUCUGCGAUGCUGGCAUUGGGAGUUGCUGUGUUCGUUGCUCUGCACAUUUGGUAUCACAGAGAGCGCGAUUUUUCUCAAGAGGAAUAG